GCAGCUCACCUGAGAGACGAAGCCCCAGCUCCCCGGUGUACAGAGUGGACAGGCCAAAAUCCCAGCAAGUCAGAACCUGUGGUACCAUAAGGCGAACCUCUUCUUUGGAUACAAUAACAGGACCUUAUCUCACAGGACAGUGGCCUCGAGAUCCCCAUGUACACUACCCUUCAUGCAUGAAAGAUAAAGCUACUCAGACACCUAGCUGUUGGGCAGAAGAGGGUUUAGAAAAGAGAUCACAUCAACGUUCAGCAUCAUGGGGGAGUGCUGAUCAAUUAAAGGAGCAGAUUGCCAAAUUGAGGCAGCAGCUACAACGCAGCAAACAGAGCAGUCGUCACAAUAAAGAAAAAGAACGUCAGUCACCGCUCCAUGGCAACCAUAUAGCAAUCAGUCAGACUCAGGCAUCUAUCUCAAGAUCAGUCCCUAUGCCACUGUCAAAUAUUUCAGUGCCAAAAUCAGCUGUUUCACGCGUGCCGUGCAAUGUAGAAGGAAUAAGCCCUGAAUUAGAGAAAGUAUUCAUUAAAGAAAAUAGUGGAAAAGAAGAUGUAUCCAAGCCCUUGGAUAUUCCUGAUGGUCGAAGAGCGCCCUUGCCUGCUCAUUAUCGUAGCAGUAGCACACGCAGCAUUGAUACACAGACUCCCUCUGUCCAAGAGCGCAGCAGCAGCUGCAGCAGCCACUCACCAUGUGUCUCUCCCUUUUGUCCCCCGGAAUCUCAGGAUGGGAGUCCUUGCUCAACAGAAGAUUUGCUAUAUGACCGUGAUAAAGACAGUGGGAGUAGCUCACCGUUGCCCAAGUAUGCCUCAUCUCCCAAACCAAACAACAGCUACAUGUUCAAACGAGAGCCCCCAGAGGGAUGUGAGCGAGUGAAGGUCUUUGAGGAAAUGUCGUAA